AUGGCUAUUCAAGCUAAAACCCCAUCUUUUCACUCUCAUUUUCAUCUUCAACUCCUCCCUCACUGUCCUCCUGCUUCUCCAUUUUCAUUUCAUCCUGGAUACCUUUACUCUAAAUUUCACAAGGAUUAUCUCAUAGAUGCACCUGUUUUUGUCGAUAAUGACUUUUCUUUUAGUGGAGGCAAAUAUUCAGAUGGCUCAUCACCUUCUGAUGAAUGGUUUAAGCAAGGAAAAAUAAUGAGAGUGCACCCAGUUUCUAGUUCUGAUCAGAAGGCAAAACAUCAUAUUUUUGGACUUAUUAUAAGCCCUGCUUCUCAGGCCUUACUUGAUUAGUUUAGAUGGUUCGACAUUGACAGUGAAAGCGUAGAUAAUCAUCCAGUUUUAUUGAUUCAUGGUUUCCCUUCAUAGGUCUAUUCUUAUCGCAAAGUCCUUCCUACCCUUGCCAAGAACUUCCAUGCCAUUGCUUGUGAUUAGCUAGGCUUUGGAUUCUUUGAUAAGCCUCAACCCAUGUAUGGUUUUGACUACACCUUGGAUGAAUAUAUAACGUCUUUGGAAUCUGUUAUUAAUGAAAUUGGUAGUGAUGAGGUCUCAAUUAUUGUUCAGGCAUGCUACUUUUCACCUAUGGUUGUUAAAUACGGUAGAAAUCUAGAAAAACUUAAGGAUCUAGUUCUACUCAAUCCUCUAUUGAUAGAAAAACAUGCCAACCUUCCGUCAACCUUGUCUCUCUUUAGCAACUUUUUGCUUGGUGAAAUUUUUUCCCAAGAUCCUCUAAGGGCUAGUGAUAAAACCUUGAUAAGCAUUGGUCCGUAUAAGAUGAAAGAAGAUGAUGGAAUGGUUUAUAGAAGACCUUAUCUUACAUUUGGUUCAGCAAGAUUUGCAUUGAAUGCCAUUAGUAGAGCGAUGAAGAAGGAGCUAAAGAAAUAUGUAGAAGAAACCCGUACUAUACUCACGGAUACAAGUUGGAAAGUUCAAACUACAGUAUGCUAAGGUUAGAGAGACCGUUGGUUAAGCUACGAUGGAGUUGAAGAUUUCUGUAAGGAUUCAAAUCAUACGCUAAUCAAGCUUCCAAUGCAUCAUGUACAAGAAGAUUGAGAAGAACUAGGAUAAAUCAUAUCUGAAGUUUUCAGCAAAAGGAAAUGA